AGGUCGAGCGCGUCGAAUGUGAACGGGAUUUGCUCAGAAUGUUUGUGGUGAUUUACCUAGUGAUCGCGGUCGCCUCGCUGCUGGCGUACCUCUUCCACCGCAACUUUACCUACUGGAAGCGCCAGGGUGUGGCCCACGAUGGCCCGCAUCCGUUUUAUGGAAAUCUACUUGGAUUCCGGAAGGACCGGGUGGUGCACGACAUUAUGUGCGAUUACUACAACAAGUACAGGAACAGCGGCAGCCCCUUUGUCGGAUUCUACUUUUUGCAUAAGCCGGCAGCCUUUAUCUUGGAUCCCAAGCUGGCAAAAAACAUCCUGAUUAAGGACUUCUCGAACUUUGCCGACCGUGGCCAGUUCCAUAACGAGAGGGAUGAUCCACUCACCCAGCACCUGUUCAACCUGGACGGCAAGAAGUGGAAGGACAUGCGCCAGAGGCUGUCGCCCACCUUUACCUCUGGCAAGAUGAAGUUCAUGUUCCCAACCGUGGUCAAGGUCUCCGAGGAAUUUGCCAAGGUACUGUUGGAGCAUGUUCCUGCGACCUCGAACGGGGCUAUUGUGGAGAUCAAGGACUUGAUGGCCAGAUUCACCACCGAUGUGAUUGGCACAUGCGCCUUUGGCAUCGAGUGCAACACGCUGCGAACCCCCGUCACAGACUUCCGCACCAUGGGUCAGAAGGUGUUCACGGAUCUGCGCCAUGGCCCCCUGCUCACGAUGCUCACGUUUAGCUUCCCAGAGAUGGCCAAAAAGCUAAGGAUGCGGAUGUUCCCCGAGGACGUCCACCAGUUCUUCAUGCGCCUGGUGAAGGAAACCAUUGCCCUGAGGGAGCGAGAGAACUUCAAGAGGAACGACUUCAUGAAUCUGCUCAUUGAGAUGAAGCAGAAGGGUCGAAUCACCCUGGACAAUGGCGAAGUGAUCGAGGGAAUGAACAUCGGCGAGCUGGCCGCCCAGGUCUUUGUGUUUUACGUGGCCGGCUUUGAGACCUCCUCCUCGACCAUGAGCUACUGCAUGUAUGAGUUGGCCCAGAACCAGGACAUUCAGGACAGGCUGAGGAACGAGAUCCAAACGGUCCUCGAGGAACACGAAGGCCAGCUGACUUAUGAGUCCAUCAAGGCCAUGCGCUACCUGGACCAGGUCAUCUCAGAGACUCUGAGGCUGUACACCCUGGUGCCCCACCUGGAACGGAAAGCCCUCAAUGACUAUGUGGUACCUGGCAAUUCCAAGUUUGUGAUCCAGAAGGGCACCCAGGUGCUGAUUCCAGCCUGCGCAUUCCAUCGCGACGAGGCUCUUUACCCGGAUCCCAUGCGAUUCGACCCGGACCGCUUCACUCCGGAGAAGGUGACCGCCCGCGACUCCGUGGAGUGGCUGCCCUUCGGCGACGGUCCCAGGAACUGCAUUGGGAUGCGUUUCGGACAGAUGCAAGUCCGCAUUGGUCUGGCCCAGAUCAUCAGCAGGUUCAAGCUCUCCAUCUGCGAUCAGACAGAGAUCCCUCUGAAGUUCAAUCCCAUGUCAUUAGUACUGGGAACAGUUGGAGGCAUCAACUUGCACUUGGAGCGCGUCUAGGGGUUGUUCUUAUUCGCCAUUGUAAAUACAUUUCAGUUAAUUGUUUCAUGAAUAACUGAUCGGAUUAGAUUUUAAUAAAUUGAUUUGAUAUUGCAAAU